AAUUGUUCAAUCAUGACGAAAUUAUCUUCUUCAUCUAGCUACGCAGCACAUCAUUUUGUUUGCUUUACUCUUGAUAAUACUUCUCAAGAGGAGAAGGAACUUAUUCCUUAAAGAAGCAAAUGGUCUCCUUCAUGCACCCUCAAAACCUCUCUCCUUCUCUUCAUCUUUUCACAACAAUGGAAGACUGGAACACCCUUGCUGCAGACUGUGUUGUCGUCUCAUGUUGCUGCCAGUGCUUGAUCCUGCAAAUCCUCGUCUUUGUUCUGCUCAAACUGCCCAGAAAACUCAUUCGAAAGACGAAAAAAUAUGCGAAGAAAAAGCUUCUGGAUUCGAGGAAAGUGAGUGUGAAGGGUGGACAUGAAGGAGAAGUUGUAGAAUUGGAUAAAGGGUACAUCAUGAGUGUUGGAAUAGAAGAGCUAGGGAUGGAUGGUUUGGGAUGCAUGAAGGAAGUUGAGAAAGUGCUAGAGGAGCUGUGCAGAAAUGGAAAGUUCGCUUUUGGAAGCUUCUGGGGUGAGGAAGGAUCAAUGUGUAUAGCCAAAAAUGAAUAUAACCUGUGUGUUUUAGAGCACCAGCUAAAUGAAAUUGUCACCUCUAUAAUUAGCUAAUAAUAUAUUGAUUAUCAUUCUAAUACAAAUUUAUCAACACAACUUUAAUUGAAUGAUUCAUAAUCGUGAAUUCGAGUAGAACUCUACAUGUUUGU